AUGGAGAAGGUAGUGCUGAUGUGGUUGCUGUACAGCAUUUUUGCUGAUAUGGAGAUGGAGUUAAAGAUGACUUGGUAUCGGCGUCAGGCUCGCAGGAGAAGAAAUUUAAUUUGUCGCCACCUCUGCCGUCAAAGACGUGGGAUGGCUCGGCACUACUGUUCCAUAAAUGCCACUGUGCCAGUACUGCAGCGGUACUAUGCAGGGGAGGACACUCGACCAGACUUCAGGCUGAGCAGAGAGGCCAUGCAGCAGCUGAUGGUGGCCCUGAAGACUGACAGGCAGCAUGGAUGGGGCCCGACCCUGGAGACACUCGUGUUCCUGUUCUGGCUGGCAACAGGUUCAGCCUACAGAGUUGUCUCCAGGGUCUUUAGCAUGCCUCUUCCAACCGUGCACAGAGUUGUCCACAGGAUGGUGGAUGAGUUGGUAGCUGUGCUCCCCCAGUUUGUGCACUUCCCCCGCACACAGGAGGAGCUCCAAGUGGUUGGUGAUGGCUUUGCUCGCUUGGCUAAUCACCAAGCAUUCGGCAAGGCAGCAGGGGCAGUGGACGGCUGCCACAUACGGAUAAAAUGUCCCGGCGGCCCUGAUGGUCAUGAUUACAACAACCGAAAGCUCUUCCCUUCAGUGGUGCUCCAGGCAGUCUGUGACCAUCAGGGUCGCUUUAUUGACAUCUUUGUGGGUUACCCAGGAAGUGUGCAUGAUGCACGUAUUCUCAAGAACAGCCCCAUCUACACUAGGGGGACUUACCCUCCACCUGGGUAUUUUCUCCUAGCUGAUGGUGGCUAUUAUCACACCAUAUAA